AUGUCAGCAAUUUGCUUUUUCUUAACCAAAUCUAAUUGGGUAAUGGUUGAUUCAAGUUUUGGCUAAGGUUUUACCAAUAAUUCAUGGAUUCUUUCAUUAAAGUGCGAUAAUUUUGAAUUUACAAAAGACAAAGAUGAGAAUAAUACUUGCUUAAGUAAUUCAAUUAAAUACGUUCGGUUGAAGAAAGAUAAUGCAAGAAUGGAUAAGAUAAUUCUGUAGAAAAGCUUUUAAUCUUAAGUAAUAGUUGAUAUUUUCUUUGAUGAUCGUAAUUCUGCUACUGAUAAAAUGGCGUAUUUCACCCUAAAUUACACUGUAGAGUCAGGUGUGAAAUAUAAAAUGUAAUCUAGAGAGUAUUUUAGGGGUAUAUAACUCAAAAUGCAAGGAAAAUAUGCAAUAAUACAGAAUUGGGAAAUUUUGACUUAUUGACAUACAUUGGUACUUCACCAAUUUUAUAUAAAGAAAAGUAUAACAUAUCUAUAGGUAUUGAAAGUUAAGAUGAUUUACAAUUGUUAGGAGUUCGAAAUUUGUUUGUUUAUGUGAAAUAUUGUUAACCAACUUGUUUAUCAUGUAAUGAUCCUUCAAUUUGUUUAACAUGUUCUUCUGGUAGUUUAAAUAAUGGAUUGUGUAUUUGUGAUCCUGAACAUUAAUUUGCUUAAGCUGGAAUUGGAUGUAGAUAAGAAUGUGAGAGGGAUUACUUUAUAGCAAGAUCAGAUAAUGUUUGUGUUCCUGAUAGAAGAAUUAAAUCUCUAUCUUAAUAUUUUACUUCUACUUUCACGACAUAUUCUCCUUUUUAAUUUGAUCCUGAUUCUAAUAAUGUAAGAAGCUCUCCUACAUUAACUAUUACUCAUUGCUCAACUAAAUAUGUUGGAAAUCUUCUUUACAAUGAGGGAAUGAGUUUGUCACUUGAAAAUUAGUAAAAUAUAAGAUUUAUCAGACUCAGGGUUACAUUUUAUACACAAGGUUUUUUAACUAACAGUGGAAUAUAAAUAAUUUUGGAUGACUAAAUAUAAGGUGAGAUAAUCAAAUCUUCAUCCACAUUCGAUUUCAAUUAAAUUAAAAAGAUUUAUAGUUCAAGUACCAUCUGUCCUACUUAUGAAAUUGCAAGAAUAGAAGCAAUUCUUCGAACUUAUUAAUCCACUCCAAAACUAAUUUUUAAAGGUAGAUAAUUAUCCUCAACUGCCGAAAUAUGGGGAUUCACAAACGUUACAAUCGAUAGCGGCAAUUGUAAAGAAAACUGCCAAGUUUGCCAAGAUUUUUCAACAUGUUCAUAAUGUUAGCCUACUUAUGUUCUAUUUUAAGGCGAAUGUAUUAGUAAUAGUUGUCCUGUGCAUUCAUCUAACUGUAUUGAUUAUGCUGAUAUGAUACCAAGUAUUUAACUAAUUAAAUAUAUAGAUUCGAGAUAUUUAGCUAAAGGAUUUAUAAUCUUAAUAUGA